GAUUCUAGAUGUAUCAAAAAUAUUAAUGUAUAGCUUCCACUACGAAAUAAUGAAAAAAACUUAUGGAUCAAAUAUUCGACUUAUGUAUACCGAUACCGACUCUCUGAUAUACGAAGUACAAACCGAAGAUUUUUACAGAGACAUGAAAGAUAAUUUAAAUUUAUACGACACUUCCGACUACGAUGAAAAUAAUAUCUAUCAGAUUCCUCGCGUAAACAAAAAAGUUGUCGGGAAAAUGAAACAGUUAAAAUAUGUUGAUGUGAAUUUAAUUCGAUCUAAAUUUCAUCAGAUACAAUCAGUUAAGCAAAACAAAUUAGCUUUAUCUUUUAAAGAUGAUAAAAGAUUUAUCAAUCGUGACGGCAUUACCACUCUUGCACAUGGCCAUUGGUCUUUGUUGGAUUUAGACUCUACCGAAGAUUCAAUUUAA